AUGAAUUUCAUAGCUGCCGUAGGGGUAGGGUUGUUAGGUUGGCUUCUGUCCGAUGACCGACGGGAUCCAACAUCCCUGUAUAACGUUUCCAAAGAGGCAUUUCACAACUUCAAGCAAUCCCGAGUUCUCGCGAGCACUGGGUUCGACUCCUCCUUGUCCUACGCGCCAUUGUGGAGGGACGAUUUGAAUUUGCCCUCGUUUCAGUACACCCCAAUCAGCGACCCGCGCGAAAUCCGGCUCAUCAAAGUUACAUGCGAGGGCAAUGACCGCCAUUUUCGAUCCGAUUUCGUUCAUGUGAACGUGGACACACCUUCACACGCCUAUGUGGCAAUUUCCUACACUUGGGAUGAUCCACAACCGGUAUCAACAAUCCCUUGUGGGAGUUCUCAGCAUUUGCAUCUGACACAAUCCGUCUCGAAUAUCCUCCAAAACCUGCUGGAACCUGGCGAAACGAUUCUGUUAUGGAUUGACGCUCUCUGCAUUGAUCAAAAAAACGUUUCCGAGCGCGAAAGUCAGGUGGGUCUUAUGAGAGACAUCUAUCGCAAUGCCGUACAGGUAGCCAUCAUGCUAGGAGAACCCAUUGAAGAAACGGCCACGGCCAUGGAUUUUAUGGUGCCUCUCCGCGCCGCCAUGGAGAAUAUCCAACAACGGGGCCAAUUGUUGUCCCUAGAAAGAGUCGUCAGCGAGACUGGUGUUGAUUAUCCAAGUGCCCAAUGGACGGCGCUGCGACGCUUUCUGCAGCAUCGCUGGUUUACCAGGAUAUGGGUUGUCCAGGAAUAUGCAGUUGGCUCUGAUCCGAUCUUCAUCGGCCCCAAUCGCGCUGUUAAGUCCAGCGAUCUGGUGGCGGUUCUAGAACUCCUGACUCGCAAUGCUCUGUUUUUGCUGGUAGGAGCUGAGCAUACACGUCCGAAUCAAGGUCAUCGCAGCCCAGCCGGUUUCGUUGACUUUCCCUAUGUCGAGUUUGUUCGCGAGCUGACGCAAAAGGGAUUGAAGCAGGGGAAGCUGAUACCGUCUCUUGAAUUCCUCCUUCCUAUGUUCCGCACCCGUGAUGCCACCGACAAGAGGGAUAAAAUCAUUGCUUUACUCGGGAUUGCCGAGGACGGCGAUGACGAAGCCCUUCGGCCGAACUACCGUAUUCCCGUCGAAGACGUCUACCUGCAAUUUGCAGGCCACCUGCUCUCACGAGCAGAUACAACUUAUAUGCUUCAUCAUGCCGGCAUUGGCGAUACAAGAGCACUUUCCACUCUUCCGUCAUGGGUCCCAGACUGGAGCACGGUCUACCGAUUCGGAAUAUACGGAACCCCGUCUGCCUAUAUGGAGUAUAGAACUGGAACAUACACCCUCCCUCGGAUAACAUAUCAGAAUGGCUCCAAAACAAUUAAACUCUCCGGCAUCGUCGUCGAUUCCAUUGAUGUCAUUUCACGUGUCAGUCAGUUCGCAGCCUUCAGCGGCAGCAUGAAAGAUGACGAGAUUCACUUGUACGCAGAACAAAUCCUUCCGUGGGUCAAAGACACGCAAGGAGCCCUUCUGACACUCUCCACCAUCUCUGAUCGUGGCGCCUGGAAAUCUGUCCCAUAUCCCGCCACAAACCAAACUCUCUAUGAUGCCUACUGUGAGACAUUGAUCGGUAACAAAACGCUUUUCGAUCCUCGUGUGGUUGACUCCACCAAACUCUGCCGACUAUUUGAGAAAUGGAUGACGAUCCUCCCUCGCCAUCUCCAACGCGACUCAACCCUCGACUACGAAGAGCUUAAAGACGUCGAACAUUUCGAUAAAAUCUUCACACAAGCUACGGCGGAGAAACGCUUCUUCACCACGCGCUCUGGAUUGAUUGGUCUGAGCAGCCCCGGAAUCCAGCCAAAAGAUCUUGUAGUAGCGUUUGCCGGUGGCGCGGCACCCUUCAUCAUCCGAAAAAAUAACGCCAACAACCGCUACAUUCUAGUGAAAGAGGCCUAUAUCCAUGGGUUGAUGAAGGGCAGAGGAGUUGAUAUGGACAAUCUGACAGAGAUCGAACUCGAGUGA